AUGGUAUUUAUCCGUUCCCUUUCCCGUCAGCUUCGACGGCCCGCCACUCAGUUCAUCUCUGCCGGCUCCAAACCGACGCUAGCCACCGGCUCCUUUGCGCGAGCUCCGGUGUCUGGUGCUUUUUCCCAUGCACGUACGCUAACCGCAUCUGCCAACCUUCAGGGCAAGGUUCUUCUCGUUCUGUACGACGGUGGUGAGCACGCCAAGCAGCAGCCCCGUCUCCUCGGUACUACCGAGAACGAGCUCGGCAUCCGCAAGUGGCUCGAGGAUGCUGGCCACACUCUGGUCACUACCUCCGACAAGGAGGGUGAGAACUCCACCUUUGACAAGGAGCUCGUCGACGCUGAGGUUAUCAUUACCACUCCCUUCCACCCCGGUUACCUCACUGCCGAGCGCCUGGCCAAGGCCAAGAAGCUCAAGCUCGCCAUCACCGCUGGUAUCGGCUCUGACCACGUCGACCUGAAUGCCGCCAACAAGACCAACGGCGGUAUCACCGUCGCCGAGGUCACUGGCUCCAACGUCGUCUCCGUCGCCGAGCACGUUAUCAUGACCAUCCUCGUGCUGGUCCGCAACUUCGUCCCCGCCCACGACCAGGUCCGCAACGGCGAGUGGAACGUCGCCGCCGUCGCCAAGAACGAGUUCGACCUCGAGGGUAAGGUCGUCGGUACCGUCGCCGUCGGCCGUAUCGGUGAGCGUGUCCUGCGCCGCCUGAAGCCCUUCGACUGCAAGGAGCUCCUCUACUACGACUACCAGCCCCUGUCCCCCGAGGUCGAGAAGGAGAUUGGCUGCCGCCGCGUCGACUCCCUCGAGGAGAUGCUCGCCCAGUGCGACGUCGUCACUAUUAACUGCCCCCUGCACGAGAAGACCCGCGGCCUCUUCAACAAGGACCUCAUCGCCAAGAUGAAGCCCGGUGCUUGGCUGGUUAACACCGCCCGCGGCGCUAUCGUCGUCAAGGAGGACGUCGCUGAGGCUCUUAAGUCGGGCCACCUCCGCGGCUACGGCGGUGACGUCUGGUUCCCCCAGCCCGCUCCCAAGGACCACCCUCUCCGCUACGCCGAGUACCCCUGGGGCGGUGGUAACGCCAUGGUCCCCCACAUGUCGGGUACCUCCAUCGAUGCCCAGGUCCGCUACGCCGAGGGUACCAAGAACAUUCUGGACUCCUACUUCUCCGGUCGUGAGGACUACCGCCCUGAGGACUUGAUCGUCCACAAGGGUGACUAUGCUACCAAGGCUUACGGUCAGCGUAAGUAA